AUGGCGUCGGCUGCCAGAUCUGCUUCCCGGGCCUUCCUGCGUGCGACCCCGGCCACCUCCUCUUUCCGUCCGGCGGCACGCAGCACUCGUUUCGCUGUCACCAACCUCCGUGCUUCUGCUCGCGGAUACUCGUCAGAGGCUGGCUCUGAGAAGUCGGGCUCAUCCUUCGGUAUCUGGGCGGCCGGUCUCGGUGCUCUUGGUGCCGGUGGUGUGUACUUCUACCUGAACGGCGCUUCCCCCAAGGGUCCCUUCGUCCCCACACAGGCCGACUACCAGAAGGUGUAUGAGGCCGUUGCCCAGCGUCUUGCCAACGAGACCGAUUAUGAUGACGGCAGCUAUGGUCCCGUUCUCGUUCGUCUCGCAUGGCACGCCAGCGGUACUUACGACAAGGAGACCGGCACUGGAGGUAGCAACGGUGCCACCAUGAGAUUCGCUCCGGAGUCAGACCACGGCGCCAACGCCGGUCUGAAGGCUGCCCGCGACUUCCUCGAGCCCAUCAAGGCCCAGUUCCCUUGGAUCAGCCACUCUGAUCUGUGGACUCUGAGUGGCGCUUGCGCCAUCCAAGAGCUCGGCGGUCCCUCCAUCCCCUGGAGACCCGGUCGUCAGGACAAGGAGGUUGCCGCAUGCACCCCCGACGGCCGUCUGCCUGAUGCCGCCCAGGGCUCUCGUCACAUCCGCGACAUCUUUGGUCGCAUGGGCUUCGACGACCGUGAGAUGGUUGCACUUUGCGGUGCUCACGCCCUCGGCCGCUGCCACACUGACCGUUCCGGCUUCGAUGGCCCCUGGAACUUCAGCCCGACUGUCUUCAGCAACGAGUUCUUCCGCCUCCUUGUCGAGGAGAAGUGGAGCCACAAGAAGUGGAAUGGCCCAACUCAGUUCACUGACAAGACCACUUCCACUCUGAUGAUGUUGCCCACUGAUAUGGCUCUGGUCAAGGACAAGGGCUUCAAGCCUCAUGUCGAGCGCUAUGCCAAGGACAGUGAUGUCUUCUUCAAGGAGUUCUCGGAUGUCUUUGUCAAGCUCCUUGAGCUGGGUGUCCCCUUCCAGGUCAAGCCUGAGGACCGUUUCGUCUUCAAGGCCUCUGAGUAA